AUGGGAGAAGUCCAAAAGGGCUUGUUUUCUGUCAUUGAGAAGCUAAAAGGCACGACAGAACAGGAGCUUCGGAUAGUCCUUCUUGGUCUGGAUAAUGCUGGGAAGACCACCUUACUGAAACAGCUUGCCUCUGAAGAUGUCAACACUAUCACCCCAACCCAGGGCUUCAAUAUUAAAAGUGUAACCUGUCAUGGUAUGAAACUGAAUGUGUGGGACAUCGGUGGACAGAGGAAGAUACGUCCCUUCUGGAAAAAAUAUCUCGAGAACACAGAUUUGUUGAUCUACGUCAUUGACAGUGCCGACAAGAAGAGGUUCGAAGAAACAGGCCUGGAGCUUUCAGAGCUGAUUGAUGAGGAGAAUCUGAAGGGAGUGCCAGUGCUCAUCUUUGCCAAUAAGCAGGACUUGGCCACAGCGUCCCCAGCCAGCGAGAUUGCAGAGGGGCUCAACCUUCACACAUACCGAGACAGGGAGUGGCAGAUCCAGGCCUGCUCGGCUGUAUCUGGAGAGGGAGUACAGGAUGGAAUGAAUUGGAUCAGCAACAAUAUUGUAAAUAAGAAGAAAUGA